AUGUCACAUGUACCACCAACGGCAGUAUCGCCGUCCUCUGCACCGACAAGUAAAAGAAUAAUCACAUCAUCCAAAACACCCUUCCACUUCGCCGCCGGCCUUGCAUCAGGCCUCACCUCCUCCAUCCUCCUCCAACCCGCCGACCUCCUCAAAACCCGAGUCCAACAACAAUCCAAACGAACCGCCUCUCUCCUCGACACAAUCCGCACUAUCCUCUCCUCUCCUCACCCAAUCCGCAACCUAUGGCGCGGCACACUCCCCUCCGCACUCCGAACGGGAUUCGGAUCUGCGCUGUAUUUUACCUCGCUAAAUGCAUUGCGACAAGAAGUUGCGCGUCGAGGACCGGUGGCUAUUUUACUUGAUGGGAAUAGCAGUAACAGCACAGUAAAAUCUUCUUCAGCGUUACCCAAAUUAUCGCAUACAGCGAACUUACUCACGGGCGCCGUGGCCCGAACAGCAGCUGGAUUCAUAAUGAUGCCUGUGACAGUGCUCAAAGUGCGCUAUGAAUCGGAUUAUUACGCCUAUCGCAGUCUCGCCGGUGCGGCAAAGGAUAUUGUCCGCACAGAAGGUGUGAAGGGACUAUUCGCUGGAUUUGGCGCCACGGCUGUUCGUGAUGCACCUUAUGCAGGGUUAUACGUUGCGUUUUAUGAACAAUUCAAACGGACACUGAGUCGAAUACAACCUUCUACUGCGUCGGCUGAUACUGAUAAAAGCAAUAAUAAUAAAUCGAAUAAUUCGACAACUAUAAACUUCGCCUCGGGCGCGCUUGCAGCUGGUCUCGCAACAGCGCUGACGAAUCCGUUCGAUGCAGUCAAGACACGCAUACAGCUCCAACCAGGGAAAUACAGGAACAUGGUUCAUGCGCUCAGGUUAAUGAUCAAGGAAGAUGGGGGGAGGAGUUUGAUGAGUGGGUUGGGACUGAGAAUGGGGAGGAAAGCGCUUAGUUCGGCUUUGGCUUGGUCGGUUUAUGAGGAGUUGAUCAUGAGGGCGGAGAGGAGGUGGGAGGCUGAGGCGAGGGAGAUGAAGUAUUAG